AUGCCCAAGGAUCUGCGCUUGUUCUACAAACUGGAUGGCUUUGUGCAGCUGCGUACUAAGAAGAUAGGCCUGCGCGACUUUCUCUUCACCCAAAGAGUGCCAGGUGUUACCAGCUCCCGCUGCCAGUGCGGGGAGAGACGACAGACUGUCGCCCACAUCCUGCUCCACUGCAGGAUGCUCAAGGACCUCCGGAACCAGGUAUUCGACAACCUCGAGGGACGACACAACCUCCGGGCCAUCCUAACCCACUACGUCUCCAUGCUUCUCGAGUCCACCGGCGCCGAUUUCUACAUCAAGCCGCAGCGAGCUCUAGUCUCAGCUCGUUAA